AAUGAUAUGCCAUUCAAUUUCCAUUUGGAUUUCCAUUUGGGUCCAUUUGUUUCCAUUUGCGUUUCAAUUUGGGUUCAUUUGGGUCAUUUUACGUUCCAUUUGGGUCCAUUCGGGUUAAUUGACGCACCUGAAUUAUCAUUACCGGGCUACAGAACAAAGCAGUUGACUAUAAAAGAGGAGUGUGAUUAUAGUUAGCCAUUACAUGUAUCACUUUAUUAACAGUGUGCACACUUAACAUUUAAACUUAUAAAAUGAUACCACUCUAUAAUGACAACACAAACUACGGGAACUCAGAAAUCGAGAGGAUGUAGAUAAAUCAUAUAUUUCCUCUUUCCUGUAAAAUCUACUUUCGUUUUGGGAAGGGUGGGACAAAUCACCAAAUGAGUUAAGGUAUUCUCUUUUGAGAAGUGGAUAGGCAUAGCCUACAUCCACUUCUCUUUGCAAGCCCUCAAUUAACGUGUAAUUGUCGGAACUGAAGACGGUCUAUGCUUCGACCACUGUUUCGACUCAAGUUUCCCUGACUUUUUUGUAUCAGACCAGGGAGUAUCUACUAACGGGGUGUUUUAUCCUCAUUCAAGGUAGAAAUAACUGAUCCAGUUUUGGAAAAACAUUUAUAACUGUGGUAUAGCUAGUAAACAAAUAUGGCGUCAAGAAAGCGAGGUAGACCAUUUGGUGCUCAAUUGACCUUAUCUGAAAGAAAAGAGCGUAAAAGGAAGUCGGAAAGAGAAAGAAGCAGAGAGAAGAUUUUUAUAGGGGAACAUUCUGAGCGAUGGAACAGAUUAAAGGACCAGCUGAAGUUUACAUUCAACUUUGAAUUGGCGGGGUUUCUGCUUGAUAGGUAUGAUCAAAGCCAGCCGAUAGUUGAACAUGACGUAGCCUCUUCAACCCCUAUGCAUUGCCAGACAGGUUCACCAAGGCUUUUUAAAGAAGAGUUCAUGCAGCCAAUCAUUUCAGAUAUUUCUGCAGCAGAAUCAGGAAAUGCAGCCUCUGAUCUAGGGGUUUCAGGUGUCGAGGAACUUGAACCAGGUCCAUCAAGCAGUAAGAAGAGCAAAGGAACAUUUAAGUAUGCCUCAUCAUUCCUGAACCCAUUAGAAUUAAGUAUCGACAUAACGGAGGAAUCUGAUGCCUUGGAAGGGAGUGAUGAUGAAACAUACUACCCGAGUUUCAACAUAUCAAUUGGACCACGAGAUGUUACAGGCAUUGAGGAUUGUCCAUGUGAAGAGGCAGUGUUCCCAAGAGAAGAUGAUGAUGAAGAGGAGGUUGACAAGGAAGAAGCAGAAAUUGGUCCGUCAAUAUGCAGAGUUCUAUGUCCUGAUGAUUAUGACCAGCUUUUAGACAGUCAUACUGCCCUCGUAUAUCUGCAGCAACUGAAAGCCCUAGCUUUGAAGAAGGUAGACCCAUUGUGCAAGACCAAGGGAUGUGGUGGAGUUCUUGACAUUGGGAUAAAGCAUAUAGGCUCUGCAGUGUAUUUAAAAUGGAUAUGUCCAAACUCUCAUGUAGCGGAAACAUGGUGCUCCCAGCCAGUCUUGAACCGAGGGUUACAUGGUGGAGACCUGCUUAUUUCCUCUGCCAUUUUAUUUUCUGGAAAUAAUUUCAACAAAAUUGAAUUAUUUGCCAAAAUUCUUCAUAUGGGCUUUCCAAGUCAGUCCUCCUUCACCAAGCUUCAGAGGAAAUAUUUGGUGCCUGCUGUUGAUGACCUUUGGGAGGAAAAGCAGGAAGAAAUGACAGCAGAGAUGGCAGACAAAGAUCUUGUACUUCUUGGAGAUGGCAGGAUGGAUAGUCCAGGACUCUGUGCUCAGUAUUGCACUUACACUUUCAUGGAGAAUGACAGCAAGAAAAUCAUAUCUGUCAAAACAAUGGACAAAAGAGAAACUGAGCGAAAAAGUGCAAACCUGGAGACAUUAGGCUUCAUUAGAGGAAUGCAAGAUGUCCGUGAAAGAGGGUUGCAAGUAAAAGAAGUUGUGACAGAUGCCCACCUCCAGAUAGGUGCCAUGAUGAAAAAAGUUUACAAAGAAGUUAAACAUAGUCAUGAUAUAUGGCAUGCCGCGAAGAACCUUGGCAAAAAGCUGAUUGCAGCUGGGCAAGAUAAAAACUGCAGAGAGCUUCAAAAGUGGUCCAAGGACAUUGUAAACCAUUUCUGGUAUACAUGUAAAAUUGCAAAUGACUUGGAUGAGUUCAUGGGAAUAUGGGCAGGUGUUCUCCACCAUGUUGUUGGAGAACAUGAAUGGUUUUUGCCAUACAGCGAUGCUGGACCAAGCUCCUGCAGACACGAUCCCAUCAGUGAGGAUACAAUGCGGGACAAAGAGUGGAUGAAGAAAGGCAGCCCACCCCACGAGGCACUCAGAAAAAUUGUCCUUGACAAACGAUUUCUUCACAAUAUCCCAUACUAUCUCAAUUUCAGAAGUACAGCGGAGCUGGAGAGCUACCAUAACCACAUGCUAAUGUACUCCUCCAAGAGGUUCGCUUAUACCCCACCAGUGUACAGAGCAAGGAGUAUUUUGGCUGCUUUGGAUCACAAUGAAAAUGUGAACAGGGAGCCAAUAAUGAAUAGAGAUGGGACAAUCAGACUGCAGAGGACGUACAAUAAGAAGUCUGGGCGAUGGUCGGUGUACCCAGUGAAGGAAAGAAAGAAGUAUGAUCAUGUGUCCAUUCUUUUACAAAAGGUCCUUGAAAAACAAGUUGCAGACAGAGAGGGAUUUCAUGGACAACUUGAAUUAGAAGAAGAUGACCAAAGAAGAAUUUCCAAGACGAUUGCCUCCAUCAUUCCACCACCUUCAAUUCAACUGGCUGAGGAAAAGAAAUCAAGAUUUGAAAACUAACUUUUGAUUCAAACAAUGCACUGUGUCAAUAAAAAGCAUAGCUUUUCCUACAACAGUUGAAAGAGUAGACAACAAUACAUGCAUUUUUUUCUCUUUCCAAAUUCUAUGUUAACAUGAUUGUAUAUCACAGUAGUUUAUAUGAGUGUCUCUUUGACAGUUUUGUCUGUGUAAUAGUUGUCAUGUUCAUUUAUAUAUUACAUAGAUAUACAGUAAAACACGGUUGUAACGAAGAACCAGGGACGGGCGAUUUUGCUUCGUUAUAAGUGUAAAUCGUUAUAUCCGUCAAGUCUUCAACAUGUAAUAUAGUCACGGGGAAUGAAAAUCACUUCGUUGUAAGCGUCAAUUCAUUAUAAGCGUGUUCGCUACAUGUAUAACCGUGUUUUACUGUAUGCUCAAUACACUGAGCAUAUAGUAUUGGCAUGUGAUCAUUGUCUUAUAUAGAGACUAAAUUUGUGCUAGUUACAACUGCUGAAAAUGUUUUAUAGUUGCAUGUGUAUAUCUGUUGUGGACAUGAUAGCUUAAGAUUGUUUGAUGGUGUUCACUUUGUCUGCUGUCAGAAAUGUAGUCUCAGGGAGGUUUAAAUAUAUCGCCAUGCAUUUCAUAUUCAUCAAUACAGUUGUUUUUAUAACCCUGCUCAGAGGGGGGGGGGGGGUGUUAUACAGUUUCUUCCUUAUUUGUAUGUCAGUCUGUCCACAACAAAUUUCUGUCAUAUUUUCCUCAGC